UGUGGGCAGCGCGGCCAGCUAACAACAACGGCAAACAGAACAACGGCAAUCGCGACGCGGACUCAGCAUUUUGUUAUUGUUUUCACGACUCAGAACUUUUAACGUGGAGUUUGCCUGCCGACAAAAACAGAGAGCAAAGAAAGAGCACACUGGCGAGAGAGUUGAGAACACAACUGGAAGUAUUCGUACAUGUGAGGGAGAGCGAGGGAGUGUCUGUGUGAGUGUGAGUGUGUGUGAGAUCAAGAUCUGGAAAAAUCAGCUAGCUGCAGCUUCUCGUCGCCUGGCUGCAACAGUUUCGAUUCGUGCGCGUCGCUUGCAACAUCAAAUUUCGCUUGUUUUCGGUAUUCGGUUAUUGGUUUUGGUUUCGGUUUCGAUUUCCGUUUCGAUUUCGGUUUUGGUUUCGGUUUGUUGUGCUUACUGUGUGUGGGAAAAAAUGCAACAAAAAUGUCUGUCCAUUAGAUGUAAUCGUUUUGGCGCUUGUAAUUGGCGGCAGCUGCUUUUGUUUUGCCUUUAAGAGCAGCCAACAGUGAAACAGUGAACUACAACAGCAACAGCAGCAACAACAACAACAACAACAUACUGGAGGCAAAUGCAGUCAAGGCGUGCUUAAUUAACAUGCAACUGGCAACAAGUAAACGACAGCAACAACAGCAGCAACAACAGCUACAACAACAGCAACAACAACGUCGACAAGCUAACGACAGCAGCACGUCAAAAAGUGCAAUCGAAGAUAUCAAAAGAAACAAAAAUUGCCGAUAGGCAACAACAUCAAAAGCAACAACAACAGCAACAACAACAACGACGUCGUCAAGCUGUCUAACUAAAGUUCGCCAAUCAGUCAAACUAAAGAUGCGAUGUCCAAUGUUGCAAAGACCUUGCCCUGCAGCUGUUAAUUAAAGCGCACAACAGCAACAAUUGCAACAUCAGUGUACAGCAACAACAGUUGCAGCAACAGCAACAGCAACAGCAACUGCAACAUGUCGCUCGUUUUGCGGAGUCAACGCGCCUUCAUUGAGGAAAAUGCUCGUCAAAUGCCGGGGAAUAACAAUGGCACCCCAAGCUCAUCAUUAACUCGCUCGGUGCGCAGCUGCAACUGCUGUCCCUAUGGAUACCACAUCGAUCUGGAUUUCGUGCGCUACUGCGAGGCUCUGGCCAAUGCCAAGCCCAGUGAGGAGGAGCUGCAGCGACGCGAUCGUCGACGCUCUCGCAAAUCCAUGGAGUUUAUGCUUGGCUUUGAGAGUCUGUUCGGUGGCGAUUGGCAGGCGGAGAGUCGUGUGCAGCCCAAACUAACGGAGGCGGCACAUGAAAGCGAACCGGAUUCGCCACACCCGGCGGUCGGACAGUCGUCCGGCUGUCGGCCACGCUCCGCGUCGGUGCCACGCUUCGCUUACAGCACCAGCCUCGCUCCACGUGCCGAGUCGCCCUACGGCACAGCCUCCUCCACAUGCUCCUCUCUCCGUGGCGGCAUCGAGAGCGAUGCUGGUGUCUAUCAGCCGCCAAAGUAUGGCCACAACGGCUACAGCCAUGCCCGUCCGGCCAACAGUCCGCCGGAGACACGCGCCUUCCUCCACGAGGCACUCGAUGAGGUCUGCAGCGAUUUCGAGCGCACCUUGGAACGCGCCUCGUCCAAGAGACGAAAGGCUGGCACCUAUAGCUAUAGUAAUGGCAAUUCCCUAUCCAUGGAUCGCAACAACAACAGCUUGAGUCUAAGUCUGAGCCUCAACAAUGGCUAUAGUUCGCCGAGGGAAUCUAAGGAAUCAAGGGAGCGUCGCAUGGGUCACAGUUCAUGGGAUCGUUACUUUGAUGUGCCAGACUCCUGCAUGGCGGGCAACCGCUCGCCAAGGUCGAGCACGCCGCGUCUCUUCCAGCGCUCGAAUACGUUGCCCUUGCAGCAGCGUCCGAGUCCCGCUGAGGUUCAAUAUGAGAGCUAUGUGCAGGCCACGGUGGCAGCCAAUGCCAAGUCGCCAGUGGAGCAGCUGGAGCGUCCGAAGGCAACGCCACCGCCACCGCCGCCACGUCGUCAUCAUUUGACCGCAACGCCUAAGGCGGAGCAGACAAAUGGACAUGUGACGACGGCAAGUCCGCUGCAGUCGCCAGUCAGCUCGGAAGCGGGACAAACGACUGCGGAUGCACAAGCUCUAUGCCAGAUACGAGAACAAAUGGCCUUGAGCCUGAAGCGUCUGAAGGAUCUGGAGGAGCAGGUCAAGGUCAUACCCGACAUGGAGCUGGAGCUGAAUUCAUUGCGUGCUGAGAAGCAGCGUCUAAUGCGUCGCAACGAGGAUUUGUUGCGUGGUCAGCGACAGACGCCGUCGCCACCGAGUCCGGGCAUCAAGAAUGCCUCACCCGUGCAGUUUACGCCGCAGCGCAUCAGUCCCGUCUCCUUGGAGAGUCUGGGAGCACGCAUGCGCAGCAGUUCCGUAUCGCCGAGUAUUAUACGCAGGGAUGUUGCCACACAGGCCGCCAGCAAAGUGAUUGCCACACGAGAUGUGGCCGUGGGCUCGCAGUUGAGUACCCGCCAUGUGGGCACCCAACAAGCUGAGGCCAUCUACUCCCAGUUGGAGCUGAAGCAGAAGAUUGAGCGAGCGCUCGCCGAUAGCCAGAAGCAGCGACUGCGACAGCUGAUAUCGGUGGGCACACAGAUGUAUGUGCCACAGCGGGAUCAGCGUGAUAUGGGCAUGCAGACAGCUCCAGAGCGUCCAGUUCUCAAGCACAAUGUGAGCAUCUCGGCAAAGCCCAUGACACGGGAGAACUUCACCAGCUGCAAGAUCGAUGUGCGAAGUGUUGGCAGCUCCGAUCACAGAAUCACCGAUGAGCUCUGCGAGAAGUGCGCGAUUGGCAAGCGCAGUGUCAGCUGUGGUACGGACGAGCCAAUGGAGCUGAAGUCGAAGCCACAGCUGCCAGGACGCAGCAACACCUUCAGCUUGGGCGAGCACGAGCAGUUGGCCAUCAAGCGGAAAGCUGUUGGCUGCCAGACGGCCAUGGCCAUGGUACACAGUGCCUCCAGUCAGACAACGACCACAACUGUGCGCUCCACGGCUGCUCAGGUGAUGCCCGAACAGCAGCAGGUUGCCACACAGUGUGGCGUGGAGUCAAAGAGCCGACAAACGGACACCAAGGGAUUGCAACGCUUGACGCAAAGUGCCACCAAAACAGAGCAGCUGAUGGAGCCGCUGACACGCCCACUUACUCGUCACACCGGAAGCAACACCGAUCCGGAAGCAAAGCCAUUGCCCAAGCCCAAGCAGAGUACAGCUCACUCUGCCUGCAACACGGAGCAGGUGCACAAACGGGACGUGGGUUGUGGUGACAUUGUCAAGCCGCACAUUUCCAUUGCCUGUGCGGCCAACUACUGUGAUUCCUGCAAGGAGGCCAUUCAGGUGCUGGCCAAGGACUUUUCUAAGGCGGCGACCACUCCGGAACCGUUAUCCGUGUCCACUACCACGCCCACGCCCACAAUUAGACGCUCCACAUCAGCGGAUUCACGCAUUCCACGUCCCAAGCAUCUCACUAGUCCCAGUCCAGUGCGCAAACAGUUCCAGAGACAAAACACCUAUACGCUGCCAGCUGCCUCAGCUACGGCCACGCCCACAAAGAGCCCAAAGGCGGAACGGAAAACACGUUUAAGCUCGCUGCAGGAAAAACCUCCGAUAUUGGUGCUUGAUGCCUCGCCCGAUUCCCAGAGCUUUAUGAAACAACCGUCCAGUAAACAAAUUGUAACGUCCCAGGAUCUGGAUCUAACCCAGCUUGGCGACGAUGAGUUAAUUGUGCGUGAGGAGAAACGAGUUAGCAUCAGUUGGUCGCGCGAUGCCUCGCCAGCUCCGCUGAUGACCUCCUCGGCCACCACAACGAGCACCAAGUCCGCCUCCCCAGAGCAAGCGCUCACCGCGUCCAGUGACUCCAACGUGGAGAGGGAGAUAUCGCAGGGGGCACGCAAAAAGUCGAGCACGCCCUUAAAGUCUAGUCAAAGCGAAGAAUCCCAGGAGACUGUCAUCGAACGCAAGCCGAAGAGGGAGCAGCAGGAGACGGAGAAUGAGGAGCAAGUAAAUGUAAAGGAAGAGCGACCUCCAACCAAGGCACAGCUGCAUCAACUGGCCCAGGCCCCAACGGAGCCCAGACAAAAAACGGAACUGCAUAAGGAGAUGAAGGAUGCCCUGAAAGUCAUCAACGAUUCACUGCUCAAGAAGUUGGGCUCAAAGCCCUUCUCUUCGUUCAGCCUGAAGACUUCAAAGGCAACCAUUAGCGAACAUUGGUUUCGUAUUUCCAGUACUGGCACCUCCAAUCCGCAUGAGGUUGAGGAUUACCUGGAUUACUUUGAAUCGCUUUCGGUGUCACUGCUGGAGUAUUGCGUCAAUCUUUCCGACAGCAAUGGCAAUACGGCAAUGCAUUAUGCGGUGUCACAUGGCAACUUUGACGUCGUAUCCAUACUGCUGGAUUCCAAGGUUUGCAAUGUAAACCAAAUGAAUAACGCUGGAUACUCGUGCGUCAUGCUCGUAUCGUUGGCCAAGCUGAAGCAAGCGGCACAUCGGACGGUCGUGGAGCGACUGUUUCAGAUGGCCGAUGUCAACAUACGGGCCAAGAAGCACUGCCAAACCGCAUUGAUGCUGGCUGUGUCCCAUGGUAAUGGCGAUAUGGUUGAUAUGCUGCUCGAUGCUGGUGCAGAUAUAAACAUUCAGGAUGAGGAUGGCAGCACGGCUUUGAUGUGUGCCGCGGAGCAUGGACGUGUGGACAUUGUGAAACACUUGUUAUCACAACAGGACUGCGAUUCACUUGUCCAGGAUGUGGAUGGCAGCACGGCGUUUAAAAUCGCCUGGCAAGCCGGACAUCGGGAUGUGGGAUUGAUGCUCUAUGUGCACGAACAGAUGUUGCGCAGUAAGCUGCCCAAUCGUGGUGAUCCCAUACGAAAGUCUCUGCCCCUGCCCGUACGUCCAAAGCCAGCUAAGUGAAGCUCUAUAGCUUCACCGAAGUCAGCCAUUUUGUAUUAGCGGCCAAAAUGUCGAACAAACAUUAGUUGUAAGAAUUGAAUUAGCAUUUCGUAGCGCUGCUUAGAGAACAUAGCAAAAACCAUUCCAUAUCAGACGAGUCGAAAAUCAAAUAUAAUAUGAAAUAUUUAAUUUUUAAUAAUUUAGCAGUUAAUUUACCACAAAAACACAAAAGGCGCUCAAAAGCAAACAAGAUUUUUCAUAUGUAUACUUAUUUGUAAAUUGUUUUAUUUAUUCUACAAUUAAUUGUUAAGUAUUAAAAACUCACAAUUUGUCAUUUAAGUUUAGUUUGUUAAUUAUGCUACUAAAAUCAAAACUGAAAAACUGUCAAAAACUUACUUUAUAACAUAAUUAUCAGUUUAAUAUUCCUUAUAAGUCCGAAAAAAAUACUAAAAAUAAAUACUGCACACACUCUUUCAGCCAUAUCAGCAAACGACAAUGCAACAACGAUAUAAAUUAACAGCAAUCAAAUAUAA